AUGGUCUCUGACAAGGAAAUCCAAGCCUCCAACGCACUCAUUAACGAUGUCACCGCCCCACGCGUGGCUGUCUUCGUUGGCGGUACCUCCGGUAUCGGAAAGCUCACGGUCAAAGCCUUGGUCGCUACGGGUGCGAGCGUGCGAAUCUACCUGGUCGGGCGCAAGAGUUCUGAAGAGCGCACCCAUGCUUUCAUCCACGAGCUUCACGCCCUCAACCCCAAGGCCGAAGUCAUUUGGACCCAAGGCGAGGUCUCGCUUUUGGCGGAAACAAAAAGAGUAUGCGAGACCAUCAAAAGCAAGGAGUCACGCGUCGACUUGCUGUUUCUGACCACUGGCUACGCACCAUUCGGCGCACGCAGGGAGACUGCCGAGGGCAUAGAAGUCACCCAGAGCCUGGAGUACUACACGCGAAUCCUGUUCAUCCUACAUCUCCUCCCCCUUCUAGGCGAGGCGGAAGCCCCUAAGGUGGUCAGCGUUUUGGGUGGUGGGAUGGAGUGGUCAACCAUCGACUUGGACGAUCUGGACCUGAAGAAGCCGGGGAAUUUUACCGUCUUGAAUGCUCAGCCGCUCGCGGUGACCAUGACCACGACGACACUGGAGAAGCUGGCCAACAACAACCCCAACGUGACCUUCAUUCACUCCUUGCCCGGCUGGGUCAACACUGGAAAUGUAAACAGGGGUUUAGAUUCGGAUUCGAAGAUCAUGGCCUGGUUUGUCUGGCUUGUCCUCGAGCCCCUUAUUCGUCUAUUCGCGAUUGGUGACGAGGUGUCGGGACAGAGGCAUUUGUUCGAAUGUACCAGCGCUGCUUUUGGCGGUCGUGGCGUGCCAUGGCACGGCAAGCCAGGGAUUAAUUCGCUGGGGAAGCCGGCGAAUGGACUCUUUCUCGUCAACUCCAAAUGCGACUGCACGCUGAACGCGAAGGUCAUAGCUGUGCUUCGAGAGAAGGCGCAGGGAAAGAUUUGGGACCAUACACAGGAAGUUCUUCGACCAUAUUUGUAG